UCUAUACUCUUUGGUAAAUUAUGAACUUUUAGAUGGAAAUUGUUUACUACCUCCUUUUAAUCACAUCAUCUUUACCUGUGAUCACUACUUGUUUAUUACUAAAUUGGUUAGCAUUUAAAUUGUUUGUUAACAAUUAGUUUUUCAUUUUGUUUCAAUCUCAACUGUUUCCUCACUUAUCUACCUCAUUGGUUUCCUUCUAUUGAUAAGAUAUGGAAAACUUGAAAUUUUCAUCUUUCAGUGAAAUCGAUGAUUCAAAUUUAUCUUCUGGUCUUUCCUGUUUUACAAUUGACUCUUUUCAUAAUAAAAUUUAUGCAGUAACUAAAUCAAAUGAGAUUGUGUCAAUACAAUCAAAGUCUAAAGAGGUGAAAAUUCUCACAUUUAUCGACCAUGAAAAAGCUAUUGGCUCUUCAGCUUUACAUAUCGACCUUUUUGAUGAAAGCAAUAUUCUACAUAUCUAUUUAGAAAAUGGUUUUAUUCUUUCGUAUUCACUUGAAUCAGAAAAGAUUAACUUUCUAGGAUCUGUGGAGGAAGGAAUUGCCGCUGUUUCAUCAAGCCCUGAUCAAGAAAGUGUCGCUUUAAUUUCCAAGAAAGAUAAACUCUUUCUCUUUACAAGAUUUUUCAAUGUCUUGGUUGAGAAAGAUCUUUAUGCCGAUCACUCUGAGUGCAUUCAAAAGGUGGAUGUUGGUUGGGGCUCAAAGAAAACGCAAUUCCAUGGAUCAGAAGGAAAAGAAGCUGCUAAAAUUACUGGAGAACCUGAUGAACCUGCAGUUGCCUGGGAUGAUCAGAAAAAGCGAAUUUGUUGGCGUGGAGAUGGACAUUACUUCGUCACUUCUGCUAUUCAUCCCGAUAAAAAUUAUCGAGUUCUAAGAAUUUGGAGCAAUGAAGGGCUACUCCAAUACGAGAGUGAAUAUGUCGCUGGUCUUGAACAUUCCUUAGCAUGGAGACCAGAAGGAAAUCUAAUUGCUUCAUCGCGAUUUCACCAAAAUGUUCAUCAAAUCGUUUUUUUUGAAAAGAAUGGACUUAGACACGGGCAAUUUACUCUUCCUCCAUCUCAAGGUGUCUUUAUUAUUAAAAAUUUAAUUUGGUCAACAGAUUCAUCAAUCCUUCUUGUCCAUGGAUAUCAAGAUCUUAUAAAGCAACACAUCAUUUACCUUUACACUGAGAGAAAUUAUCAUUACUAUUUAAAACAUUUUUCCAAGUUUACCGAUUUUGAUGUUGAAUUGGUCAUUUGGAAUCCAUCUGAUCAAUUGACCUUUUCCAUAUUUACUUCAAGUGGAUCAAUGAAACAAUAUAAAUACAAUUGGGCUACCGAUUACUCUAAAGGUACUGCCGCCGUAAUUGAUGGGUUUAAACUACAAAUAACACCUUUUGAUCGUGUCAAUAUACCACCACCAAUGUCUGCAUAUUCGAUUAUCUUUGAGAAACCAAUUAAUGAGAUUCACGUUCACUCACCUGAAAUCAUUAUAUCUUAUACCUGUGAUGGUGAACUGAUUGUGUUCAAAUUGGUCCAAUCUGAUGGUCAAUCUGAAAUUCCAGUUGAAACCAAUGUAAGAAACACUGCAAUCGGAUCCAUUUCGACCAAGAUUUUAUUCCGACUUCCUCAUGCAUUUGGACUUCAUCAUUUGCGCCUUAUCAGUGACUCAUCAUUAAUCGCAAUAAGAAAACAAGGCUCUAGGAAAGAUGAAUUACUACAAAUUUCAUUAAGUGAUGGAAAGAUCAUUAAAAUCGGAGAUCUCGACGAUGAGGUUCUGAUUCUUGAUUACCAUGAACCGUCGAGAUUGAUUGCCAUGCAACUCGCUGAUCUUUCUGCCAAACAGGCAUCUAUUGGCGAAUCAUACAUUUGUGAUUGGUUCAAUCUACCUUCUAAAUUAGUGACCAUGACGAUUGUUGAUAAUUUCCACUUGGUUGGACUAUCUAGAGAAGGAACUUUGUAUUUAGAUGAAAAGCCGUUCAUGAAAAACUCUUGUUCUUCAUUCUUAAUCCAUCAGGAAAAGUUCCUGAUUUCUACUGGAAAUGAUAAUCUACUUCGGUGCAAUUAUUUGGACGAUUAUUUCUGGAGUGAAGUUUUACCAACGGGCUUGGAUCCAAGAGAUGAACCUCGAAGCAUUGAGAGAAGAUCAAAACUUGUAAUUUCUAUCCAAGAGGAUGCUCGAGUUAUCCUUCAAAUGCCCAGAGGGAAUCUGGAAUCAAUUCAUCCUCGAGUUAUACUAUUGGACCUUUUGAAGCAACUUUUGUCAUGUAAACAGUAUGGAAUCGCAUUUAACAUGAUGAAACGACAUCGAAUUAAUCUGAAUCUAUUGGUUGAUCAUGAAUUCAAAAAUUUCACAGAAAAUGUAGAAACUUUAAUCAGCCAAAUAGGAAGUGAUGUUCAAGAUAUUUGUCUCUUUUUAUCUGAACUAUCGAGUGAGCAAAUAACUCGGUCCAUGUAUAAAUAUGCUUAUCUUGAAGAGUGUUCAAGUUCAAACAAAUUGGCUCUCGUUUGCUCCGAAAUGAGAAAAGUAAUGACGCAAAUGGACCCAGAACGUUAUUUCAUCCCCAUCUUGGUGACUUUCGUCAAAGAUGAUCCACCUCAAAUUGGUCAAGCUUUGAAGAUGAUUUUCGACAAAGGAACCGGAAAAGUUCAAGACGAAGCUCUUAGAUACCUUAACUAUCUAAUCGACAUUGAAAAGCUUUACAAAGAAGCUCUUGGAACAUAUGAUUUUGAUAUUUUUCUCAUGGUUGCUGCAAAAUCCAACAAAGACCCGAAAGAAUAUCAUGCCUAUCUUAAUAAAAUUCGAGCUUACGAGAAUCCCUAUUAUCGACAAUUUAAGAUUGACGUUGAUCUUAAAAGGAAUGAAAAAGCUUUGGUCAAUAUGAACAGUUUAACCAGUGACGAUCAUCGUGAUGAAUGUUUAAAUUUCAUCAAGAACAACAAACUCUUUUGGUCAGCAGUUAAAAUCAUAUCACCGACUCAUCCAUGGAUACAAAGUAUUUGGGAAAUGUUUGCUGACUACCUGUUGAUUAAACGAUACUACGAAGAGGCCGGUAUUGCCUAUCAAAAGGCUAAAUCAAUUACCAAUGCAAUUAAAGCUUAUCAGUUAUCAGAAAAUUGGCAAAUAGCAAUUGAACUUGCGUUCUCAUUAGAGGAUUACGAUUGUAUCUCAUUGUGCCGAUUAUUUGUUACCCGAUUACUGACCGAUAAUAAACACUUGGAUGCUGCUUAUAUACAAGAAAAUUACCUUAAAGAUAAACACGCCGCCAUUUAUACGCUAAUUAAAGGUCACCAUUGGGGUGAGGCCAACAGGCUACUAGGAAUGGAACCAAGUGGAACUAAAAUCUAUAAUGUUAUCAAAAGUACUUUGGAAGAUGAAUUAGCAAGAGAAGCGUUUAUUUUUCUUUCGGUUGUUAGUGAAAAACGAUCUGAAUUGGAGAAAAUUGAUCGAUUAAAGUUUGUCGAGGAGACGAAACAAAAAACUUUAGAAAACGAGGACAAUCUAGUGGAUGACGAACAUGAUCUAUUUUCUGAUACAUCUUCCAUUUCUGAUUCUUCAUCAGUCUCAUCAAACUCACGAUCAGCUAAAUCCAAAGGUGAUGUGAUCUCAUUAGCCACUCGAAAGACUCGUCAUAAGAAUAAGAAACACUUGAAGAAAUAUUCCCUCAAGGAAGGAAGUGCCAAUGAAGAUUUUGCUCUUCGUAAAUUGAUAAAGGAAAUGAUUGAAAGUUGUAUCGCCUUAACGGAAGAAGCGAAAUCUUUGAUUCGUUGGUUAUUUUUUUAUGAUAAAUGUGAAGACGCUUCUUGGUGUCAAACUGAUUUAUCGGCACUUCUUGAUUUUAUCGAAACUCAGGUUAAAAUAAUCUGGCCUGACCCCGAAGAAUCUAUUCAAUCGCUCGAUCAAACGCCGAUCAAUAAAAUCAAAAGAGCUCAAAGUUUAGCAUCUCGAUGUUUAAAAGAUCCUGAAUCAUUUGUUCCUCCAAAAUUGACCUGUAAACCCUGGAAAUUAGCAUUAUCAGGAUUAAUCUUUUCCAUGCCAACAAUUAACACUGAA